UGAAGUUAAUCACAAACCAAAAGUGUUGGCGAACAGUGUUUCGCAAUAUUAUUUCUUAGAAAAAAUAGAAAAAUAUUGUCAAAUACCAUGCUAUCCAGCUUGAGAACUGGAGUUCAGGGCGUGUGGCGUGCAGCUUCCAGGAGUAUUCAGACCAGCUCAGCUCUGCAGCAUGACAGCUUGUUCGUCCACCGCGAUACCCCUGAGGACAAUCCUGACAUUCCUUUUGAGUUCUCAGAGGCUAACAAAAAGAGAGUUGAAGCCCUGUUAGGAAUCUACCCUGAAGGCCACAAGCGUGGUGCUAUGAUUCCUCUAUUGGAUCUUGCUCAGCGUCAAAGCGGAGGCUGGUUGCCCAUCUCAGCCAUGCACAAGGUCGCUGAGAUCCUCAAUCUGCCACGUAUGAGGGUCUAUGAGGUUGCCACCUUCUACACAAUGUUCAUUAGGAGACCAAUUGGUAAAUACCACAUCCAAGUGUGCACCACCACACCAUGCUGGCUUCGUGGUUCCGAUGCUAUUCUCAAGGCACUUACUGAAAGCACCCAGUGCCAUGUCGGUGGCAACAGCCCUUGUGGCAAGUUCUCCAUUUCUGAGGUUGAAUGUCUUGGUGCCUGUGUUAAUGCUCCGAUGAUCCAGGUCAACGAUGAUUACUAUGAAGACCUGAGUGUAGAAGACGCAAAUGAGAUCGUUGAUAAACUCAAGAAGGACGAGAAACCGAAGCCUGGACCAAGGAGUGGAAGAUUCGCCUCUGAACCUCUAGGAGGACUGACCUGCCUCACUGAAGAACCAACUGGUCCCGGCUACGGUCUGCAAGACGGACUCAAAUCUUAGAACAAACGUUUUGUAAAUUUUAUUUAUAGGAAAUAUUUAAAUAAAUCAUGUUAGAU